GGUAGCUUGACGGCGGCGUGUCAGCGGUCUUGUACAUGGUCUUGUAGGGGUGGGUGGGAGCUCCGGCAGCCUCGCAGCCCGCAGGUCUGCAGCCAGUGUUGAAUGUGAGAGGAAGUCGGAUGUGUUGACUCGGCUGUCCCCGUAGCACAGGCCGCUGCACCGCAGCAUCGACCCCGAGGACCGAGGACCCGACUACCCGAGAGCGGCCUGGUGGCUCCGGCUGCUCCUGAACCGGCUACAUAAUCACCUGAGCUCUGAAGGAGGUUUUUUAGGAGAAGAGGCGGCGGCAGCAGCAGCGGUAGUAGCAGCAGUAGCAGCAGCAGCAGCGGGGCCUCCGGCUAGCACCACCCCGGCUUUCUGAGCUCGACAUCCCGGUUUCAUUUUUGUAUUUUUCCGGAGCGACAUCCUGCCGAGAUGGAGAACCUGAGUGAAGCCCUGGAGAAGCUGAAGCUAGCGUCUACAGACAGCGCCACCGACAGCGUGGAGAGCUGCCUGGACUGUCUGCUCAAAGCACUCGCCAACAACAACACUGAGGCCAGUAUGAAGAUCCAAGAGAUGGGCAUUCUCCCCUUACUCCCCACCCUGCUGAACCCCCAGUCUUCCUGCACCCCGAAAGUAGCCAACAUCAUCGCAGAGGUGGCCAAAAAUGAGUUCAUGCGGAGUCCCUGCGUGGAAGCCGGCCUCAUCCCUCCUCUAAUUCAGCUGCUCAACUCCACCGACCAGGAGGUUUUGCUGCAGACCGGCCGGGCUCUGGGCAACAUCUGUUACGACAGCCAUGAGGGCAGGAGUGCAGUUGACCUGGCAGGAGGGGCUCAGAUAGUAGCUGAACACAUUAAAUCCCUCUCCCAAAAUACUGAGCCGGAAAAUGAGAAGCUCUUGACUGUCUUUUGUGGCAUGCUGAUGAACUAUAGCAAUGAUAAUGAUUCCUUACAAGCGCAGCUGAUCAAUAUGGGUGUGAUUCCCACUCUGGUGAAGCUGCUAGGCGUCCACUCUCACAACACAGCCCUGACAGAAAUGUGUCUAAUUGCCUUCGGGAAUUUGGCCGAGCUUGAGUCCAGCAAAGAGCAGUUCGCCUCCACUAACAUUGCUGAGGAGCUGGUGCGUCUUUUCCAGAAGCAGACGGAGCACGAGAAGAAGGAAAUGAUAUUUGAAGUUCUUGCUCCGCUUGCAGAAAAUGAUGCGAUAAAGCUGCAGCUGGUGGAGGCCGGCCUGGUGGAGUGUCUCCUGGACGUGGUGGCUCAGACUGUGGACGGAGAGCGGGAGGAGGACAUCGCUCAGCUCAAGACUGCGUCCGACCUCAUGGUUCUGCUGCUGCUGGGAGAUGAGUCCAUGCAGAAGCUGUUUGAGGGAGGAAAGGGCAGUGUCUUCCAGAGGGUUCUGUCCUGGGUACCAUCUCACAACCACCAGCUCCAGCUGGCAGGAGCUCUGGCUAUCGCUAACUUUGCUCGCAAUGAUGGGAACUGCAUCCACAUGGUGGACACUGGAAUUGUGCAGAAGCUCCUGGAGCUGCUGGAUCGACACGUUGACGAAGGAAACGUCACCGUUCAACACGCGGCACUGAGCGCGCUGAGGAACCUGGCUAUACCUGUGGUAAACAAAUCCAAGAUGCUGUCAGCUGGUGUGGCGGAUGUGGUGUUGAAAUUUUUGCAGUCAGAGAUGCCUCCGGUCCAGUUUAAACUCCUGGGGACGUUACGUAUGCUCAUCGAUACACAAGCCGAGGCCGCCGACCAGCUAGGAACCAACGGGAAACUGGUGGAGAGGCUGGUGGAGUGGUGCGAAGCCAAAGAUCACGCAGGUGUGAUGGGGGAGUCCAACAGGCUUCUGUCGGCCCUCAUUCGACACAGCAAGUCUAAGGAAGUGGUCAGGACCGUUAUCCAGGGAGGAGGAGUCAAGCAUUUAGUUACCAUGGCAACCAGUGAGCAUAUGAUCAUGCAGAACGAAGCGCUGGUGGCUUUGGGCCUCAUAGCAGGGCUGGAUUUAGUUGCAGCCGAGAAGGACUUUGUGGGAUCCAGCCUGGUGUCGGUGCUUCACAAGCUGCUGUCGGAUGAGAGGAGUGCACCGGAGAUCAAGUACAACUCCAUGAUCCUCAUCUGUGCAGUCAUGGGCUCAGAGCCUCUCCACAAAGAAGUCCAGAGCCUGGCGUUCAUCGACGUGGUGUCCAAGUUACGGGCUCACGAAAACAAGACGGUGUCACACCAGGCGUCACUCACAGAGCAGCGACUAACUGCCCAGAGCUAAAUGACUGUGUCCGACUCCCCCCUCCCCCCGCCCAAACCCGACCACCCUAAUGCCUGCCUGACCACCUAAUCACCCCCCAGUGACACCUCAUGACCCCCCCUCCCCCCAGUGCCCCAUCGUCAUGUGCCAAGGUACCAUGUCACGUUAACUGCCAGCCAGACGUACAGCCAUGUCUCUGUCCCCCGACUCUCCAAACCCACCCCACCUCCACUAGGGUUAGACUGAUGUGCUUUACACUCAAAAUACAAAAAAAUAAAAAAUCAUUAAGUGUUUUAUUUUAAACGGUAACUGUCUAUGAGAAUUAAAUACUUGUUAAGGUGAAAAAGCCUCUGAACGAAACAGUUUUUUGUUUGUUUUUUGUUUUUUAAACUACGGGACUCUAAAACUCUCCCCUGAAAGCCAUAAUAAUGAGAUACAUGUACGGUGGGUCAGCUUCAUUUCAGGCCGUUGAAUUGAUUCGCACAUCACAUCGCAUGCUAGUGUCCUCCUUCUUUUUUUUUUGUUUUUGUUGUUUUUUUUUGGAUACACCAGUCUAACCCUAUGUCGUCCCACCUCUACUUGUGCAUGCAUCUCCUGCUACAAGUAGCUCCGCGACAGGAGCUGAGGCGCCAUAGACAGCCUAACGCAAUAGAUUUAAAGAGACGACACUCUUUUAUGACCAUAGCUGUGACACCAUCCGCCGGUAACCCACCAGUGAAAAUGUGCACAAAAGAACAAGACAAAAAAAAAGAAAAAAAAACCUGUCGUGAACUAUCUUUUUCUUUUUUUUUUCUUUUUGAAAGAGAAGCAGCCAUCUAUGGUGUUCCCAGUCGUGUCCCAUGUAGCUCGAGUAUAAAUUGACUAGAAACUGUGCAUGUUUUAGUCCCGUUGAAGGUGUGCCAGUGUUCAUUUUACCUCUAACCACCCCUCCUCCUCCUCCUCCUCUACUACUGUCUUGUACUCUCCAUUUUUUUUAUUUUUUUCGUUCUUUAGGACUUCUACAGAUUUUACGGUCGUCCAUUCGCACCCACCCCUCCCCCCAAUCUUGAUCUUAAAGCUGUACGAUUAAGAAGAGGCUACGCACAUUUCCACCCCUCCCCCCCCUUACACACUGCGGAAAUAUAAGAAACAGCGAAGAAUGGAGCAGAAAGGAGUCGAGUUCAGUCCAAAUUUACAGCGCGAGAACUGAAAUGGUAGAUCGGAGGAGUGCCUUUCCUCGUGGAAAUAAUAUAACGUAGAGAACUUCCCUUAACCGCGUCACGCUACAUAUCACGGUCUUGCGUUGCUUGUUUUUCCCCCCAGAAGUGUCAAACUUUUACAAUGCAAAUGUCCUCGACGCAAACCCGACAGGCUUUAGCCCAAAAUAAGUGAUUCCGAACUCCCGAUUUAGAAAAACUCUUGUGCCACGUGAAAUCAAAGGUGGCACAAGCAUGUAGAGACUAUAGCUCGGACUAAAUCAUGGUUUGUGUUUGACACAUAGCCAAUUUUUUUUUUUUUUUGUAGUACUCUGGAUAGAAUUUAAGAAAAUAUUAAUAGAAAUAUACAGUUUUAUAUUUUUAGAUAGGAGGGAAAAUAGCGAAGUGAGCUAUUACGAAGAGCAGCCGAGAACAAAAUUAAAAAUUUAGAGAAACACGAUAGCAGAGUCCCGAAGAAUUUCAAUACAGGCGGCGGGGUUAAGUGAGAAAAUCAGGGGGUGAAUAGAAUAAAGUGAAUGCAAAAACGCCCCCCACCCCCCUCCACCUCAAACCACCACCACUCCCCUUCCAGUGGACCGGUUUCUCUUUACCUACAACGGUUUGGUUUCUCCCCGUCGAAGGGAUUUCUGCCAACAUGCCACAGUGAGUUUCCUGGUCUGGGCCCAUGCUAUGUUGUUGUUUUUUUUUCUUUUGUUUGUUUUUUUUAAAGGUAUGAAUGGUUAUUUAUCAGAUUUCUGCUCUUCUAGAGACAGGCGCCAGUGGAAACGUAUCCAUUGUAAUUGCGUACAAAUAUUAUAAACAUAAAUAAAUGUUGUAAAUGUCAUGAGUUGUACAUUUGGAGGAUUGUAACACAGCAGAUAAUUAAAAGAUGAUAGCUGGA